AUGGUAUUCACGAAACUGCUUCUUAGCCAAACACACACUUUCACGCCACCACCCUUCACCAGCUUUCUCCCUCUUUUGGAUCGUUUGUCUUGGUUCAUCUCUUCCUACUCUCUCUCUCUCUCUCACACACUCUCUUUCUCUCUCUCUCUUGUCUUUAUUUCCUCUAGUUUCUUUCUUUGGAGACAUGGCUUUUUCUUUCAAUUUUCUGAAAUUUCUUUUUCUUUCAUUCAUAUUUCUUUCUUUCUUUUUCUUUCAUAUAUCAUUCCAAUCCAUCCUUUUCUUUCGUCUUUACUUCAGCUAAAAUUUCUUUCUUUCUUUCUUUCUUGCCAGAUUCAGCCUUUUUCUUUUUGCUUGGGAUUUUUUCUUUCUUGCCAGAUUCAGCCUUUUCCUUUUUGCUUGGGAUUUCUUUCUUUCUUUCUUUCUUUCUUGCCAGAUUCAGCCUUUUCCUUUUUGCUUGGGAUUUCUUUCUUUCUUUCUUUCUUUCUUUCUUUCUUGCCAGAUUCAGCCUUUUCCUUUUUGCUUGGGAUUUCUUUCUUUCUUUCUUUCUUGUCAGAUUCAGCCUUUUCCUUUUUGCUUGGGAUUUCUUUCUUUCUUUCUUUCUUUCUUUCUUGCCAGAUUCAGCCUUUUCCUUUUUGCUUGGGAUUUCUUUCUUUCUUUCUUUCUUUCUUUCUUUCUUUCUUGUCAGAUUCAGCCUUUUCCUUUUUGCUUGGGAUUUCUUUCUUUCUUGCCAGAUUCAGCCUUUUCCUUUUUGCUUGGGAUUUCUUUCUUUCUUUCUUUCUUUCACACUUAUUCAAUUCUUUUUGCCUUUUGUUCUUGGUUUCCUUAACUUCUUGUCUCCUUAACCCAUCUCGUAAUGAAUGGGUCACGGUCAAUUGA